AUGCCCAAAUACGUCUUAACCGGUGUUGGUGGAAACAUUGGCAGCAUCGCAGCCUCAUACGCACUGGAAAUCGCCCCACCAAACACCACCCUCGUAUUCACCACAUCUGACCCAAACAGGAUACCCGCUGCAACUCUCGAAUCCUGGAAAGAGAAAGGAGCAACGGUGACCUCAGCCAGCUAUGACGACGUAAGCAGCCUGGAGCGCGUCUUCGCCGGCGCCGAAGCUGUAAAUCUGAUCUCAACUUGGGCCUUCGGUCGUCGACACGAACAAGCGCAAAACGUGAUCAACGCCGCGAAAGCAUGUGGUGUGCGCCGGAUCUGCUAUACUUCUUUCGUGGGCGCUGAUGACCCUGCCCCGGUGCAGGAGAUGCCCUUUUUACCUCGGGAUCAUAAACAGACUGAGGCGUUGAUCCGGGCAUCCGGACUGGAAUACAAUAUUCAGCGCGAUUAUCUGUAUAUUGAUAAUAUUCCCAGCUUCUUUGCUCCCUCCUGGAAGUUCUGUGGGAAUAAGUGGAUUUUUAAUUCGCAUGGGGUCGCGGGUGCUUAUGUUGCUCGGGAGGACUGUGCGCGGGUGCAUGCUGCUCUUCUUUUGGGCAAGGGUAAGCCGAACACUGUGGUUGAUGUUACCGGCCCGGAGGCUGUCACCGAUCAGCAGGUCUUUGAGUGGAUCUGUGAGAAUCUUGGUGGCCAGGGAGAGUUUAUUGAUUUGCCGGAUGAUGAGUUGAGGGAGUAUUGGGUUAAGCUUGGACUGCCUACUUCUGUGUCUGAGCCUUCGCCCCUCCCCAUGAAACUCUGCGUGGAUGACCUUUUGUGUUGUGGUGAGAUGGUCGCGAAGGGUUAUAUGGCCAAGACUAGUGAUGCCGUUGAAAGUCUUACUGGGAGAAAGCCUGUUCCCUUCCAGGAAGCCUUGUUGAAGUAUAAGCAGGCGUUCUCCUAG